AUGAAAAGCUGGCACUGGGUCGGAGGCUCCAGCCAAGCGGGGGCGGGGCCUCCAGCACCGGCCAAUGGGGAUCUGGCUUCGGGAUGUGGGCGGUGCCCACCCGGUCGCAACCCGUUGAGUCUGUGCACAGCUGCCGCCCGGACGCGUUUUCCGCGUGUCUCCAGUCCCGGCGGCCCCGCGAGCUCGGUCCAUGCGGGGAAAGCAGGGCUGACGCCGUCUGCGAAGACUGCGCAGCCGGGCUUGUGUGGGGCCGCGCGUAACAGCAGCGGCGACUGCCUGCCCAGGCCGGCCAGCACAGGGCCAUGGCCAAGGCGGCUGCGCCUCCGGACUGGCAUAUGCGGACUGACCUCCAGGGAGAGGCCCAGAUCUGAUCUGCAGAGAUCCCCCUUCUGGCUAUUGUGGCUGCUGUUCAGGCGAUGGAGAAGAAGAUGGAACCCCAGGCUGCUUGGCUACAGAGCCUGGAGGGGUGCACACGGACAGCCAAGAAGAAGCAGGCCGACUGUGAGAAGGUGGCUGUGGAGUUUGGGAACCAGCUGGAGGGCAAGUGGGCCAUGCUGGGGACCCUGCUGCAGGAGUACCGGCUGUUGCAGAGGCGGCUGGAGAACGUGGAGAACCUGCUGCGCAACAGAAACUUCUGGAUGCUGUGGCUGCUCCUGGGCAGCAAGGGGGAGGCCCCCAAGGCCGGGCCACCACCAAGCCAGAUCUUCUGGUGCCAGUGGAGAAAGGAGAGAGGCAGGCAGCUGCAGCCUGCCCAGUGUGGAGAGGGGCCAGAGCCCGGGCACUGGGUUCCGGGAGGAGCGACGGGCUGGCGGCCUCCGUGAGACCUGCCCUGACGCUGCGUCUGCUUCCAGGGCCCUUGGUGCCUGCGUGCAGGUCCUCCUCACUUUGCAGCCUAAUUCCUGCUUCCUCUCCAGGCUUCACUCUCCUUGGGUGAAGGGACUGAGUCUUGCUGUGAUAUCCCUUUCCUCCAGCACCUUACAUGGUGCCUGGCAUACACAGGCCAGCUGGAAACGCCCCCAGGAGUUCCGUCCUGGAUCAAGCAAGAGGAAGGGGCAAGUGGGAGGAGCCAGCAGGGCCCACAGGAGACCACUGUGGCACACCUGUGCUCAGAGACCUGUCUGGGCCGCAAAGAGAAGAGGAGUCUGGAGGGAGGGUCUGAGGGCCACUAGCCAGUCUGGGCUGCUGGAGGGGGUGCCUGGCAAGGAGGGCUCUUGGGGAAGCACCUGUGGGGGUCUGCUUCCUGACCCCAGGGAGCGAGAGGUGGCCUCCCUCCCUCCAGGCCCCCCGAGCCAGGCUGAGCCAGCUGUUAGGGGCACAGAGCAGUGCCCACCUUGCGCCCAGUGUGGCCAGAGCUUCGGCUGGAAGGAGCUCAGUGCGCCGCACCAGUGCGCGUAUCAUGGCCCCUGGCUUUUCGCUGGUGCUCAGUGUCCCAAGAGCGUCGCGCAGUGGGCCACCCCCGCCAGCCACCAUCGGGCACACGUGGCCGAGCGCACCUACACCUGCGCCCAAUGAGGCAAGACCUUCGUCCACCGGUCGACGCGCACACCCACUACUGCGCGCACAUCGGGGAGAAGCCCUACGAGUGCGCCGAGUGCGCCAAGCGCUUCGGCCGCCUGUCCACGCUGCUGGAGCACCGGCACGCACACAGGUGAGCGGCCCUUCCAGUGCGCGCAAUGUGGCUGCUGCUUCAGCCGCCUGUCCACGCUGCUGGAGCACCGGCACACACACAUCAGCGAGAAGCCCUUCCAGUGUGCGCAGUGCGACGAGCGUUUCACGCGUCUGGCCAACCUGACCGUGCACCAGAGGGUGCACUCGGGCAAGUGCGCCUUCCAGUGCGCCCAGUGCGGCAGGAGAUUCACACAGAAGCCCGGCUUUCUGCGUCAUCUGUAUGGCCACUCGCAGGAGAAGCACUAUCCUUGCAGCCCUUGUGGCGAGAGCUUCACCCGUCCCUCCUGGCUCGUGCGUCACCAGGACAGCCAUGCUAGCCAGGCCUCUCCAUCUUGCCCGGUUUUUGAGAGGGACUCCCCGACCGAUGAGCUGCCCACGGGCCUCAAGGGUGCAGUGUGGGGGAGCCUCCCUAGUGAUCCUUCUGCCUCACUCAGAUUUGAGGGCACCGGUACAGAGCUGGGCCUCAGGAGGUGCCCUGGGGACAGGCAGCAGAGCAGUGGUGAUCAGGAAGGUCUUGGGUGGGGGUCCCUUGCCCAGUUCUCUUUCUCGUGUGAAGAUGGAGAAUGUGGGUAGCACCCAGAGAGCUCCCUAAAGGGGCUUUCAGGGCGCAGGGGCAGUUGGUGCCCCUUAAAUCCAGGCAGCGUCUCCUGGGGGGCACUUCUUGGCCAGGUCAAAGUAUUCUGGCCAUGGUCUUGGCUUCCCGGGAGAGGGCUGUUCUCCCAGGCACUGCGAUUGCCCAUGGGGCUUCUCGUUGCAGGGAGGCGGCUGGGAUAGAGGCCAGUCCCAAACACCUGAGCCUCACUGAGGGGAAGGCCUGGGCUUGGAGAUGGGGUGCGCAGGAGUGGUGGGCUUUGCCUUGUUCUCUUAGGGGAGUGAUUUUCAGAGACAAAGGUCCCAGUUAGGAGAUGUAAUUACUCAGUGCUUUGAAGGGACACCCAAGGUGCUCACUCUUAGCCAUAGCCGUUGGUUUCCUGGAUGCUGACUGUGAAGAUUAGUCUAAAGUGCUUCCUAGGGUGGGCAGUGGUGGCAGGAGGCCUUGGACGGAGUCCAGGCCUGACCCAGCCUCCUGUUUAAUAAGCUGAGCCCAAGCGUCCCUCAGAUGCGAAUCCAAUAGCCUUGGUGAGUUGUAAGAUUUCAUGGAAACGUUCUCUGAUUUCUGCCUCCCCCUUGCUUCCCAUUACCUGGGAAAGGCAGCUUUGUGGGCCAUGUGUCCCAGAAGGGCCUGGGCUGGCUGUGGCCAAGUGCUCAGGACCAGCCAUCUUGGCCCUCACAGGGCACUGUCCAGUUGGUAUAAUAUUUGCCUUCAAGCCAUUGUUGGUGCAGCCAGGCAAAGGGGGCUUUCUGAGGAUCCAACCUGUGCCAGCCACUGGGAUACAAAGAAGACUGAGGCCUGGUUCCUAGCUGUGGGGCUGGGAGGGGUAUCUGACAUCAAUGGUGAAACCUGGCAGAGGACACACAGACAACGGCAGGCAACAUGGGCUGCAGUAAAUGUUGCGGAAGCACCUACAGGUUGAGCAGAAGGGAGAUAGGAAACCUGUGGCCUGCCAGCAGCUGAGAAGCCCCCUUGAGAUCCUGGCAGCCCCGCCACCAUCUGAAGAUUUAGGCCAAUCCCUUGGGCUUUUCAGGCAGGCACUUAUGGUGGCCGGCCAGUUUGGGACCCUCCCAUUUUGAUACAUUAGUUCCUCCUCAGCUACUGGAGAUCUCAGCCACAACUGGGCUCCAGCUGCGACCCAGACUCGGCCAGGAUCCCCUAGAUCCUCAGCUGUCAGAUAAUCCCGUCCCCCUCCUCCCCCCCACUCAACCCCCAGUGCUUGACAUGAAUGCAUGUGUGCUUCCUAGGACUAGAGGCUGGUGCUGUCUUUACCAUUGCCCUCGCUUUAAGGGGCACACGAGCAGAUGGUAGCAAGCCCUGGAGAGCAGCACUCGGGCAAGUGAGGUGGCUCUGGCACUGCCCCUGGACUUUCACGUUUGUAGCUUGAGUUGGUUUUAGUUGGAAGCUCUGUGAUUUACAUAAUCACUUACAACCUCUGUAAAUAAGGAACUGUUUAUGAGGAAUUAUAAAUUUCUUCUCUCCCCCUUCUUACCCUGUCUGUGAUCUUGUUUGUGAUGCAGUAAUGAUAUUCCACUCUAGGUUCCCAUGAUCAGUGGUGAAAUGUAGUGAUUUUCACCUGUGCUUCCAUUCUGACGUUCUGAAAAGAAGUACUGGAUGGACGGAAGUCCGGGACAACGUCCCAAAGAAAAGCAGAGUCCAGGUGGGCUGGGAGGACCAAGCCCUGGAUGGGCACUGGAGGGCAGAGGCCUCAGUGUCCAGCACUGUGCCCUGCACAUGGAAAGCCCCUAUGUUUGUGGAAUGAAAGAAUAAUUAAAAUGUUUUCAUAAGUGAUGCCAUUCUCAAUUUUAACAACACAUCUUUACCAUUUCCUGCCUUAAAUAACAGUUGUUAAUACAUUUCCAGUAUUUCAUUGAAUCUAAGAUCCAUUGAUUGUAAGACACACCCUUAUUUUCUACUUCACUAAGCAAGGAAAAAAUGUGUCAAUUUCACCAUGACUCUUCUCAAUGCAGGAUGACAACUAGGUGGUGACAUGUGAGCCACUGUUACUAUUCUUGACAAUGUCAGAUCAACUGAUUCAUUUCUUUGUUGAGACAGGAGUGGAGUGGCACAAUCACGGCUCACUUUAUCCUUGACAUCCCAGGGGUCAGGUGAUCCUCCCAUUUCAGCCUCUUGAGUAGCUGGGACUACAGGUGCAUGCCACCAUGCCUGGUUUUUUUUUUUUUUUUUUUUUUUUUUUUUUUUUUUUUUUUUUUUUUUUUUUUUUUUUUUUUUUUUAAUAA